CAUAUGGACAUCGUUAGUGGAAGGGAGAUACAAGACAGCGUGAAGUGCGAUCGCACCCUUUAACGUACCUCCUAAGCGAAAUUCGACUCUGUACAGCAACAAAUAGAGUUUAUUUUGAGACACGCGAAUGAAAAGUUCAGUUCAUUACAAAAUGAAAUGUAGGUAUCGGGUGUAGGAGUUACGGCGCAUGCGUGAACCACAGUCGGACUUCAGUGUGUAGCCGACUGCAGUACGGAGCGCACGCGGUCGCCACCUGCCGGCCACAUAGGGAACUAAACAUGAAAUUCGAAAUUAAAGUGUACUUAGCAUAGUGGCAGCUUGUGAUAGUGUGCUGUGAGCCAUUUAAUUUUUUUUAAUGUGAUUUUUUUUAUAUGUAUUGAAUUUUUAAUGUGGGUUUAGCAGUGCCGCAUAGCCUACGAAACCUUCAACGCAGAUAAGGGAUAUCUGCAUAUCAGAGGAUUUGAGAUUCAGUAAUCCGCGACCCGGCGAGGGUAGGCACUAAAACGGCGGUCAACGCCACGAUAGAUACGAUUUCUCCCCCCAGCGAUGCCUCCAACGAGAAUACUUAGCGGGCUAGAAGACGAUUAUAUAGAGGUGAUGUCGAGGAGAGGACAAAGUCGGUCGCCGUAGCCCAUAACUGUCCCGCGAAGCAGAAGAGAGUUGACAAGUAGCCAGGAAAUAUAUCGAUAUCAAAAUGUGGAUACAUCGGGUGCCAAGUAACAAAAUGAAUCUCCUCAACAUGGACGCGGAAAACCGCGUUGUCCUCAAUGUGGGGGGGAUACGUCACGAGACGUACAAGGCGACGCUGAAGAAGAUCCCGGCCACUCGGCUCUCCCGCCUCACGGAGGCUCUCGCCAACUACGACCCCGUCCUCAACGAGUACUUCUUCGAUAGGCAUCCUGGAGUCUUCGCACAGGUUCUCAAUUAUUACAGAACCGGCAAGCUCCACUACCCUACGGAUGUGUGCGGGCCACUCUUCGAGGAGGAGCUGGAGUUCUGGGGGCUGGACGCCAACCAGGUGGAGCCCUGCUGUUGGAUGACGUAUACACAGCAUCGGGACACCCAAGAAACUCUAGCAGUCCUGGACCGUCUGGACCUCGACACGGAGAAGCCGACGGAUGAGGAGGUGGCCCGCAAAUUCGGCUUCGAAGAAGACUACAUGAAGGGGACGGUGUCGUGGUGGCAGCACCUCAAGCCGCAGAUGUGGUCGCUGUUCGACGAACCUUACAGUUCUAACGCUGCUAAGAUUAUCGGCGUGAUAUCAGUGUUCUUCAUUUGCGUAUCAAUAAUAUCGUUCUGUCUAAAAACUCACCCGGACAUGAGAGUGCCAGUGAUUAGAAACUAUACAGUGACGACCGCUAACCAAAGUCAGGGUUGGGCCUUAGACAAAGUGCAAACGAACGCUCACGUGGCGUUCUUCUAUAUAGAAUGUGUGUGUAACGCGUGGUUUACAUUAGAGAUCCUCGUUCGCUUCAUAUCGUCACCUAACAAAUGUGAAUUCGUCAAAUCCUCCGUCAACAUCAUCGAUUACAUAGCCACCAUGAGCUUCUACAUCGACUUGAUUCUCCAGAAGUAUGCGUCACACGUCGAGAACGCUGACAUCCUGGAGUUCUUCUCCAUUAUAAGGAUCAUGAGGUUAUUCAAGCUCACGAGACAUUCAUCGGGUCUCAAGAUCUUGAUCCAGACCUUCAGGGCGUCGGCGAAGGAGUUGACGCUGUUAGUGUUCUUCCUGGUGUUAGGUAUUGUGAUAUUCGCGAGUCUGGUGUACUACGCGGAGAGGAUUCAGACGAACCCUCACAACGACUUCAACAGCAUACCUCUGGGGCUGUGGUGGGCGCUGGUGACGAUGACCACGGUGGGCUACGGGGAUAUGGCGCCGAAGACAUACGUUGGCAUGUUCGUUGGUGCUCUCUGCGCAUUGGCUGGUGUGCUGACGAUAGCUCUGCCCGUACCCGUCAUAGUAUCCAACUUCGCCAUGUACUACUCUCACACGCAAGCGAGAGCUAAACUACCAAAGAAACGGCGAAGAGUCAUCAACGUAGAGCCAACGAGGCCACCUAUGCGUGCCCCUGUGCCAGGAGCUCCUAACCCUCUAGCACCAGGCAUGGGUCCUCAGGUAGUAAACCGCAGAAUGAAUGCCAUCAAAACAAACCAUCCUAAAGAUAUGAUAGGACCUAACAUGGAUGGUGAUCGUAGCGAGCUAGAGGCUAUGAUCCAAACGACACCAAACAACUGCAAAAGAAAAAAUUUAAACAUGCUUUAGAAAGCAUCACACAACGCCGUUGGAACCGAAUGGGCUUUCUAUAUCGCCUGCACACUCGGAUUUAGCUUACAGGAAUGCUAAUAUAUCUUUAGUCACUAACCAAUCAUUACCAUUGUCAUUAUCAUGUAUGCACACGGCAGUAUCUACAAGCAGCACAGGAUCCACCGUCUAGGUCCCUUGCUUCGAGGGAUGAAGGUUCGGGAAUUUGUAUAUGAUCUGUGUUUGUACCCCGAACUUUUUGCUUCGCUUCCAAAGUUGAUGUUGUUGUAGAUUUAUUUUUAUUUGGUAUCGAAUUUCUUGUUUUGGUAUUUUCAUUUUGGCAGUAUUCGUGUUCGCUUUUUAGUCGAUUUUAUAGAAUUUUUGUUUGUACUCCUGUAUGGUUUAGAUAUUGAAUAUUCAAUGUGUUUUCAGGCAACAACCACACACCUCCACCACCACUAAAUAAUCAAACCAAAACAACAAUUGAAGUUUCAAAAUCACAGCCCGACACAU